GUAUAAAAAUCCAUGACAGAUCAUAUUCUGUCCUUUUUCUCCAGUGUAAAUCAGGGGACAUCGUUAGCUGUCUGGCCACAGUGACUUAAAAUGGGAAAGGAAAAGACGCACAUCAACAUCGUGGUCAUUGGCCAUGUCGACUCCGGCAAGUCCACCACCACCGGCCACUUGAUCUACAAGUGCGGCGGAAUCGACAAGAGAACCAUCGAGAAGUUCGAGAAGGAGGCCGCCGAGAUGGGCAAGGGCUCCUUCAAGUACGCCUGGGUGCUGGACAAGCUGAAGGCCGAGCGUGAGCGUGGUAUCACCAUCGACAUCGCCCUGUGGAAGUUCGAGACAAGCAAAUACUACGUGACCAUCAUUGAUGCCCCCGGACACAGGGACUUCAUCAAGAACAUGAUCACUGGUACCUCCCAGGCCGACUGCGCCGUGCUGAUCGUCGCCGGUGGCGUGGGUGAGUUCGAGGCCGGUAUCUCCAAGAACGGCCAGACCCGUGAGCACGCCCUGCUGGCCUACACCCUGGGCGUGAAGCAGCUCAUCGUCGGCGUCAACAAGAUGGACUCCACCGAGCCCCCCUACAGCCAGAAGCGUUUCGAGGAGAUCACCAAGGAAGUGAGCGCCUACAUCAAGAAGAUCGGCUACAACCCCGCCACCGUGGCCUUUGUGCCCAUCUCUGGUUGGCAUGGAGACAACAUGCUGGAGCCCAGUGACAAGAUGAGCUGGUUCAAGGGCUGGAAGAUUGAGCGUAAGGAGGGCGCCGCCUCUGGUGUCACCCUGCUGGAGGCUCUGGACGCCAUCCUGCCCCCCUCCCGCCCCACCGACAAGCCCCUGCGUCUGCCCCUGCAGGACGUCUACAAGAUUGGCGGUAUUGGAACCGUCCCCGUGGGCCGUGUGGAGACUGGCAUCCUGAAGCCCGGCAUGGUCGUCACAUUCGCCCCCGCCAACGUGACCACUGAGGUGAAGUCGGUGGAGAUGCACCACGAGAGUCUGACUGAGGCUCUGCCCGGAGACAACGUCGGCUUCAACGUCAAGAACGUGUCCGUCAAGGAGAUCCGCCGUGGAAACGUGGCCGGCGACAGCAAGAACGACCCUCCCAUGCAGGCCGACAACUUCACCGCCCAGGUCAUCAUCCUGAACCACCCUGGUCAGAUCUCUCAGGGUUACGCCCCCGUGCUGGACUGCCACACCGCUCACAUCGCCUGCAAGUUCAGCGAGCUCAAGGAGAAGAUUGACCGCCGUUCCGGCAAGAAGCUGGAGGACAACCCCAAGCACCUCAAGUCCGGAGACGCCGCCAUCAUCACCAUGGUGCCCGGAAAGCCCAUGUGUGUGGAGAGCUUCUCCCAGUAUCCUCCCCUGGGUCGCUUCGCCGUGCGCGACAUGAGGCAGACCGUGGCCGUCGGCGUCAUCAAGGCCGUCGACAAGAAGGCCUCCACCGGCGGAAAGGUGACCAAGUCUGCACAGAAGGCCCAGAAGGCUAAAUGAAUUCUCGCACAGGACAUCCAGCAA